AUGGCACCUGUGGGCAAGCUCUAUUGUGUCCCUACCAUGACUCAGACCAAGACGAUCAGGAGCGUCUGUGCACUAGCAGGUCUUGAGCUGGAGAUCCCCGAGUACAAACACUUUUCGGACAACAAGAAGCCAGAGUUUCUUGCCAAGUUCCCUCAUGGAAAGAUCCCCGCUUUAGAGGGCGCAAACGGCUUUAACCUCACGGAGGGUACCCCGAUCGCGCGGUAUCGAUACCAUAAGGAUGAGAAGAUCUACAGUUAUCCCUGUCUUAAUUCUGUGUCGAUAGUUUCAUUUGCCGGCCUUGCUCCCAACUCUGGCCUUCUCGGCUCAACACCAGAGGAUGUCGCAGCCGUUGAUCAAUGGGUUCACUUCGCCGAAGCAGAAAUGUCCACAUUCGCCGAUGUAAUUACAGGGAUGCUUAAUAACUACAUCCCCUACAGCAAAGGCAUCCACACCAUCAUGGCUGAGCAACAAUUGCGCAGCCUUAACACCCUCGAAGCUCAUUUGAGCACCCGUACCUUCCUCGUUGGCGACCGCAUCACUCUUGCUGAUAUCACUGUUGCGUCUGUUCUCCAGCGCGCCGUUGGCGUCACCGCAGAUGCCGCUGUACGCGCCAACCUCAUCAACACUGUUCGCUUCUUGGAGACUAUUGUGCAUCAGCCCAAACUCGAGGCUAUCUACGGUCCUACUGAGUACACCGAGAAGGCGGUGCAAUACGUCCCUCCCAAAAAGGAGAAGGCGCCCGCCCCCCCGGCCGCACCAAAAGAGAAGAAAGAGAAGCCGAAGAAAGUUGCUGAGGACGAUGAGGAGGAUGAUGGCAACCUUGUUCCUGAGGAACCCAAGGAGAAGAAUCCCUUGGAACUGCUCCCAAAGAGCACGUUCAACCUCGAGGACUGGAAACGUGCCUACAGCAACAAAGAUACGCGCGGCGCUGAUGGUUCGCUGGAGUGGUUCUACGCCAACUUCGACAAGGAGGGCUUCUCCGUCUGGCGCGUAGACUUCAAAUACAAUGAGGAACUCACGCAAGUCUUCAUGUCCUCUAACCAGAUCGGUGGCUUCUUCAACCGUCUGGAGGCAUCGCGCAAGUACCUCUUCGGAUCGGUGGGCGUGCUUGGCCAGGCCAACGCUUCUGUUAUCAGUGGUGUUCUCAUCCUGAGGGGCCAAGAUUCAAAGGCGGCCGUAGACUGCGCACCAGACUUUGAAAGCUACAGUUACACCAAACUAGAUGUGUUUGGUAACCAAGAGGACAAAGCCUUCUUUGAGGGCGCACUUGCAUGGGAUUUGGAGGUCGAUGGCAAGAAAUGGGCAGAUGGAAAGAACUUCAAGUAA